AUGUAUCUCACUCAGGGCCUUACACUGGUGUCCCUCGCGACAUCCACCCUCGCAUUCCAGAUCCCCAACUCCAACCAACCCUCCACUGAGCACACCGAUGACCAAACCACCAGCCCCACUGUCCGCGACAUCUUCCAAUUCCCAGACAACGGCUCCUUCAUCGACAAUGUCGCCGUCCGCCCAGACGGCACCCUCCUGCUCACCCGCAUCGAUGUCCCAGAAGUCUGGUCCGUGAACCCGAAAACCGGCUCCGGGGAGCUAGCCUACUCCUUCGCCCAGCAAAGCAGCGACAGCGACAACGACAUCACCGCCGUCUUCGGCAUCAGCGAAGUCGAGCAUGACGUCUUCGCCGUCGUAGCGGGCAAGUUCGCGCUCGAGGGCUUCGCCGCCGAGCAAGGGUCCUUCGGCGUCUGGAGAAUGGACUUUAACGAUGACGGCAACUAUGAUGUGCUGGAGGUGCCAUGGUGGGGCGAUGGGGAGUUUACCCUGACCAAGAACACGCCCAGCGAAGUCAGCAAGAUAGUCGACAUCCCCGAGGCGAAGGCGCUGGGCGCGAGUACCCUGUACAAACCCCGCGAUGACGCGCGGUACCUGCUUAUUUCGGAUAGUCCUGACGGGAUGAUCUGGCGGGUGGAUCUAGAUUCCGGGGAGUAUGCGGUUGCGCUGCAGGAUGAGUCGAUGCUGCCUGCGCCGAAUGCGCCGCCGAUGGGGGUUAAUGGGAUCCAUGUGGUUGGGGAGUAUCUGCACUAUGUGAGUGUGACGAAGAAGGAGUAUCGCCGGGUGAAGAUCGAUGAGAUGGCGAAUGCGGCCGGGCCGUUCGAGUUGAUUACGAGUGAGAUCAACCCGGAUAGUUUUGAUAUUAUGGACGAUGGGACGGCGUACUUUGCGACGAACCCGGACAAUACGAUUGUCAAGUAUACGCCUGAGGGCAAGAUUGUGGAUUUUGCUGGUGGCAGGAAUUCGACUGUGCUGCCUGGGCCAACAUGCUGUGUGUUGGAUAGAGAGGGACAGACGCUGUAUGUUGGCACGAAUGGGGGCCUCAUGGCUCCGGUAGGUGGGACUUACAAGGAGCCUGGCAAGAUUGCCGCUAUUUCGCUUUGA